GUUGUGACUUGACUCAGAGGAGAAAAUGACACGUUUGUUUCAAAGUCCAGACUGCAGCUGCGAGUGUUUGUCAGUUUCUGUAGAUCAACAUGGAUGAACACAAAAAGAAGAAGAUUCUGUGUGUGGGUUUGGUGUGUCUUGAUAUCAUCAACGUGGUGGACAAAUACCCAGAAGAAGACACUGACAACAGGUGUUUGUCACAGCGCUGGCAGCGAGGAGGAAAUGCUUCUAACUCCUGCACUGUGCUGUCGCUGCUCGGAGCGUCCAGCGCCUUCAUGGGCUCGCUGUCUGCUGGACCUGUAGCCGAUUUCAUUUUGGAAGAUUUUCAGAAGCUCGACAUUGAUGUGUCUCUGGUGUCUGAGCACGCUCAGUGUGUCCUUCCCACCUCUGUGGUCAUCAGUAACGUCAGCACAGGAAGCCGCACCAUCCUGCAUAUGAACAGUUUCAUCAUGGCUGACUUUUUGCAGCGGGGGGUUGAUGUGUCAGCAGUUGUUUGGCAGAUAGAAGGUCAAACUCCAUGUGCGUGUUGUGUGGUUUGUCCUUCCAGCGGUUCUCGAACCGUCGUUCUCUCCGACACGAACCUUCCUGAUGUUACAGCAGAGGAUUUCUCCAAAGCUGACCUCCAUCAGUUCAAGUGGAUCCACUGGGAGGGCCGAAAUGCUGAGGAACAGGUGAAGAUGAUCCAGCAGGUGGCGAUGUAUAACAGCACUUUACCACCUCAGCAGAGAAUCACUGUCUCUGUGGAGAUAGAGAAGACCAGAGAGCCGCUGUAUCAGCUGAUUCCUUACGGUGACGUGGUGUUUGUCAGUAAAGACGUCGCUCGUCACUUUGGUUUCCUGACUGCUGAAGCUGCUCUGAAAGGACUCUACAGUCGGGUCAAAAAGGGGGCUGUCCUGGUUUGUGCCUGGGCAGAAAAAGGAGCGGAUGCUUUGGGUCCUGACGGUUUGGUCGUUCAUUCAGAUGCUUUUCCUCCUGAAACUCUGGUUGAUACUCUUGGAGCUGGAGACACUUUCAACGCUGCUGUCAUCUAUACACUGUCCAAUGGUGGCAGUCUGGAGAACGCUCUGACCUUCGGCUGCAGAGUUGCUGGUAGGAAGUGUGGUUUCCACGGUUACGACAGUAUCAGUGAACAGUUCACGGACGACUGAGUGAAGAAUUAAAAACAUGGAUGGAUUCAGAGAACUGAUUACUAACACUGUCGAAAAAUGAUGAUGAUAAUAAUGAUAAUAAUCUAAUAAAAUCUAAUAAAAUGGUCCAGUGUGGGAUGCAGUGAGUUGCUGUAUUUUUCUUACCAGCUGAUCAGUACAUGACUGAAGUGAACUCAUUCCAUUUAAUGAUCUAACAUCUAACAUUACGUGCUAAUGUUCAAAAAUGUUUUCAGAAUUUUGGUCAAAUUUCUGUCUUUUGAUUUUUGUUUUACUGUCAUUAAGUAGUUUGUUUGGUUUUGUUAUUUUCUGUUUUAUACUGAAGGUUUCCCUCAUGUUUCAUCUUACUUCCUGUGUUUUCCCGCCUUUCUAAUUGUUGAUCUGUUUCACCUGAUUUGUUUUCAGCUGUGCCUCGUUAGUCCUCCAUCCCAGUGUAUUAAAACCAGUGUUUUUCCCUCCAUCCCAACCAGAUCGUCUUACUUCUUGUUUCAUGCAUCCCUGCUUUCCCAAAGUGUUUCCCUGUGCUUCCUUAGAUCUUUGACUUUUGCUUUAUUUUCCCUUCGACUUUGCUUGAUUUCUCAUUUUUGGACUUGUGCUCUUUUUUUUGGAUUAAUUUGCUGAUUUGGACUCUUUGUUGUUUUUUGACCUACCUCCUCUUCCUCCCAAGUCUUGUUUUUGUUUGUCACUCAGUGAAAUAAACUUUUGCCUUCUGGG